GAGGACUCCCGCCUACGCAGGCUCGUGACGCGGGGGGCUGGGACGCGGCUCCGGGGACGGAGCAGGCGCUGCUGCUGUGUGAGCUUCUCCUGCGUCUUCGCACCCAGGAUCAGCAGCCCAGAGGAGGCAUCAUCCACAGUGGCCUGGGCCUUCCUACAUCAGUCACCAAUUAAGAAAAUGCCCCCAUGGACUUGCUUGCAGACAGUCUGAGAAACACAUCUUAUUUAAGGUUUUCUCUUUUCAGGUUUAAUUUAUUUUUGGAAAUCAAGUUCAAUAUUAAAAAGAAAAAGCACACAUUAUUGGAAGCCAUUUCUACUAACUCGUUACAUUUUACUUAUGAUUUGAUUUGAAUACUGUCAUGGGAGGAGCUGUGAGUGCUGGGGAAGAUAAUGAUGACUUAAUUGAUAACCUUAAAGAAGCUCAGUACAUCCGAACUGAAAGAGUAGAGCAAGCCUUCAGAGCCAUUGACCGCGGAGAUUACUAUCUGGAAGGCUACAGAGACAAUGCUUAUAAAGACUUAGCCUGGAAGCACGGGAACAUACACUUGUCAGCACCUUGCAUUUAUUCUGAAGUUAUGGAAGCUUUGAAACUUCAACCAGGAUUAUCUUUUCUUAACCUGGGAAGUGGAACCGGAUAUUUAAGUACAAUGGUGGGCUUAAUUUUAGGUCCUUUUGGAAUAAAUCAUGGGAUUGAACUUCAUUCAGAUGUGGUGGAGUAUGCCAAGGAGAAACUGGAGAGUUUCAUCAAAAAUAGUGAUAGCUUUGAUAAAUUUGAAUUUUGUGAACCCGCAUUUGUGGUGGGUAAUUGCCUUCAGAUAGCUUCUGACAGUCAUCAGUAUGAUCGAAUUUACUGUGGAGCUGGAGUCCAGAAAGACCAUGAAAACUACAUGAAGAUCUUACUCAAAGUUGGGGGCAUAUUGGUCAUGCCUAUAGAGGAUCAGUUGACACAGAUUAUGCGAACUGGACAAAACACUUGGGAAAGUAAAAAUAUCCUUGCUGUUUCCUUUGCACCACUAGUACAACCUAGUAAGAAUGAUAAUGGCACACCGGACUCUGUGGGGCUCCCCCCGUGUGCUGUGAGGAAUCUCCAAGACUUGGCUCGUAUUUACAUUCGGCGUACACUUAGAAACUUCAUCAAUGAUGAGAUGCAGGCCAAGGGGAUUCCACAAAGGGCUCCACCCAAAAGGAAAAGAAAGAGAGUUAAACAGAGAAUUAACACUUACGUAUUUGUGGGUAAUCAGCUUAUCCCUCAGCCUCUAGAUAGCGAAGAGGAUGAAAAAAUGGAAGAAGACAGCAAAGAAGAAGAAGAGAAAGAUCACAGCGAAGCCAUGAAGCGUGAGGAGCCACCUCAGAACCUACUGAGGGAAAAGAUAAUGAAGUUGCCACUCCCAGAGUCUUUAAAGGCUUACUUGACAUAUUUUAGAGACAAAUAACUUAAAGCAAGGAAGAAUGCCUACUGAUAAACGUCCUUACUCUUGUAAAUGUAGUGUUAAUUAGGAGUUAGAGAAUUACUUCACUAGAAUGAAUUAUUGCAGAAAAAAAGCAUAAGUUAUUUCUCUUAAAGACAGAAAUGAUGUAUUCAGUGAUUUAAAAGAGUCUCUUUCUUAAAAUCUAUUUUUCUUAAAUCUUGAAGAAUUACUGUUUUGAUCUCAAAGUGGAAUGGGUCAAUAGUAAGAACUUUGUAUACAGUACUCUUUCUGGUUCUUCAUGGAUUUGUAGUAUUGGUGUUUGAAUUUCAUUCUAUAAAGGUUGAUACAUUGUCACACAUAUAUAGGCUUAUUUAAAUUGCAGUUUGCAUUUCCGUUAUUCGAGCUUGCUUAUCUAAUAAGGAAAGCAAAUGCUUGUAGACCUACUUACUUACUUUUGUUCUAGACAUAUUCCGGGCAACAAAUGAGUGCAAUACUAACUCAAGAUAUUGAAUAAUUUAGAUUUAAAAACCACAGACUUCAUGAAAUUUUACAUACCUGAAAGUUAAGCUUUUGAAUCUAUUGCCAAAAGGCAUGGGGAAAAUUCCUGCUUCUCUCAUAGAGACUUUAAGAGCACAGCUAGUGAAUGUUAAAGUAGGAAGUGGCUACUUGACACAUCUAGUUUGUGUUUGCCCUUUGUGUUCUCAGUAUUUAAAGAUAAUGAGGUUAUCUUAACAGUAGAAUUUUAAGUGGUAGUAUAUUUAGGAUUGCUUUUCAAAGUGGAUAUUAAUCUUUGACAAGGUAGGCCACUCUGGCCUCAUCUGCUCGGAGUCUUUCUAAUAUAAAAAUAGUCAUGGAAGUUGUAUGUACAUGCCUUUGUAUUAAAAUUUCCUUCAGAAUCAGAGUGGGAGCUCUGGGACCCAUACCAAGGUCAUUUGCCUUCAUUCUGUAUUUUAUUUCUUUGGUAAAAUAAUGAUUUUCACUUUUUUGCUUAAUACUACAUUCUUUAUGUAAGGCAUCAGUGAUACAAUAGGCAGUGCAUGUUGUUACUAGCUCUUUCUUCCUAGUAAAGCCUGCACAGUUAUUCCUUGUUGAGAAGCUGUGAGAUGUGACCUGCUUACUACUUAGCAUCACACAGAAGGGAAGAUUUCAAGUGUCUCACUUAUUCCUACCACAUCACUGUCAGAGCAGCCGCUCAGAUUCUCAUAAGGAAAUACAAUCAUGAUGAUUCAAAUAGUUUAUAACUCAGGUCCAAUAAUUCCGCUCAGAUGAUCAGUUAAAACAGUUUAAUCAUGAAAUUGACCCAAAUAAUUGAUAACGUUUUAAUAAUGUGAGUAACAGUGUUAUGGAAAGAAUUCAUUUGACUCUUGUGGAAUGGGCCUGUAAAUUUUUCUUAAUGUAAUUAGUAAACUAUUAUUAAGAAAUGCGCUAUCCUGUCCAAGAAAGGAAAAUGACACCUCCCACUCCCUGAGGUGGUACUGGGGGUUAAACCCAGGACCAGGACCUCUUGCAUGCUAGCCAAGCACUCUACAAAUGAGGUAUAUCCCUAGACCAACAUACUCUCUUGUUCUGUUUAACAAUUUGUUUAAGAAUUCCUUUUUUUUCCUUUGGAAAAAAAAAAAUGUGUUCUUGAAUUUCUGAUACCCACAUAGUCUUCUCUGGAAGAGUUUUCAUUUAUUUUCCAUUCUGUCACCCACAUCUCUUUAUUUUUUUCUUAAAGCUUGAUGUACAGAUAUCUGAAAAUACGUAUUCCUUAAUGAUCUUAUUAUUUAGAAGAUUGUUUUUACUGAUAUAUUUAAAGAGAUUAUUUUCAUGCUGUCUUCUGUUGACUUUGACAAAUUGUACAGUAGAUUGUCUUGAUCAUUGCAUUUGUUGUCUUUGAAAUGUAUAUUUUGUCCUUUUAAAUUCAUUUACUUUUCAGGUGUGACUAUGGUUGACUUUCAAAGGUAGGGAUAAAUGAAAAUUUAAGGAAACCUGUCUUAUCUAUUAACUCAGAUGCAUUAGAUUAAGAAUAUUUGGGUUUGGGCUUAUUUUUAUUUGAGUGUGGAAAGUUAUGCUUUUUAAGUAAAGAAGUAGCAAAUGCAGAUGAAAUUUAAAGAAUGGAAGAAAAUAAGGAAAAAAAACCUAUGAAAAUGAAAUAAAUGAAAAUGAAAGUGAAAGUAAGCCUUAUGUGAUGGCUGACACCUGUGAUCAGCACGUGAGAGGCUGAUGCAGGAGGAAUACUACACACCUGAGGCGUCUGUGCUUUCAGAGUGACUUUGAAGCCUGUCUGGGCCACACAGUAAGACCAGGUUUUGUUCUUUAGAGAACAUAAACAAAAGAAAGUAAAUGGUAAUUAUGGGGAGUAGUCUCGUGGAUUUACAUAUAGACAAAAAUACAUUUAAUUUUAUCUUUUGAAGACAACAAAGAAGGCUUGAGUGGAGGUGUGCAGUGCUUAAGUCUUGUAUCAGAUUGGAGACAGGGCCUGAAGGAGCAUCCAUCAUCACCAAAAUCCUUAGGAUCUGAGAGUGACACCAUAGCUGCCAAGGGUCUAAUUUAAAUCUGUCUUACUCCUCAACAUAUUGGAUUCUGGUAUUAAUAUCAUGUUAAAAUAGCAUACAUGGUUAAAAUAAAAUACUGAAAGUGUGUUGAUUGUUUGAAAGUAAAAGAACCCUCCUACAUCAUUGGGCUACUUGGGAGGAAAAUCAUUUUAAAUAAACGAAUCACAUCAUUACACAGCA